CAGGAUUCGGAAUGAGGCUCCACCGUUUGCAUGUCCAAAAGUUGAACAUAUUGCACCUAACCAGUGUGUGUAUAUAUAGGACUACUUCUCAUACAUUUUUCUGAUAUCUAACAAGCUUCCAUUGAUCAGGAAUCAAAUUUCAUCAAUCACCUAAAACUCGUGGUUUGAGAUAUCUCAAGUUUUCUUCACCGGAUUCAAGAUGUUCAUCAGCUUUCGCAGUACUGAUGUAAGGGGAUAUGAUAAGAAAAAGAAGAAGAGCAGCAACAAAAGCAGCAGCAACGACAAAUCACCAAUUUGCGCCGGACCAUGGCCAUCAAGUACUAGACAAGAAGGUGACCCAUGGGAUGAUGGAUAUCAUACAACUGUGAAGCAAUUGGUAAUCGUUCACGGAGCUGGUAUCGACUCCGUCAGGUUCGAAUACCAUGAUAACAACAGUGGCACCUCCUCAGUUUGGUCUCAGAAACAUGGAGGAAGUGGUGGCUUCAAAACUGACAAGAUAAAACUUGAUUUUCCUGGUGAAUAUUUGAAGUCAAUCAGUGGGUAUUAUGGUAGUGUUAACGAUUGGAGUCCUGUGUUCAUUCGUUCGCUUACUUUUGAAAGUAAUCGAAAGAAAUAUGGACCAUUUGGUUGUCCAAAGGGAACACAGUUUUCGUUUCCAGCAACCAGUACUGCAACUAAAAUUGUUGGAUUCCAUGGCCAUUCUAGCUGGUAUCUCACUGCCAUUGGAGUGUAUUUGAAGCCUAUUGAAGAUCAACAAAAACGGCCCUCUAAAGCUCUUAUGUCAUCUCAACUAAUGUCCCAAAACUUCGUCUCGGAUUCUGGUACUCAUGAUCAUGCGAACAGUUACAGUGUUGUUCAAGGAAGUGGCGCCCUUCAGGAGAUUGUAAUAGACUAAACCGAAUAAAUUCCGCAUUUCUACACUUGUAUUUACUCUUUUAAGAUAAGUCUAUUAAGUAAUGAAGCAUUAAGUUUUCGAAAGAUUUUCUGUUAUUUGAUGAUCAUCAAGUAGAAAAAUGAUGAUCAUUAAACACAAUUGCAAUUUGCAUAUCCCGUUGGUCCGAGUUUGGGCUAAUCAAUAAGAUUUUCAGUUUGGGCUCAAA